AAGGUCGUUCUAUGAUAAUUUUCCAUUCUGAGCUUUUAAACGAAAGUAUUCAUAAAGUACAAACAAUGCUACAAAUGUUUUUUGUGGCUGUGGUGCUAAGCGUUCACCUCAGCGUGGCGGCAGACGCUGUCGGGAAGGUGGCACCUCAAGGCGAGGCUUUCAGCUCCGGAGGUGAAAAUGCCGAUGAAAAAAUUGCUGAUACCGACGAAAAAGCGCGGGUGAAGCCUAGAAGCCCGGAUGAGAGUGAUCCAGAAAACAUGGAACGCAGUGCAAAACAAUUUGCGUUCUACACAUCGAGCACCCAAGCCAUAAUAGCCACUUCCACGGUGUACAUGCUGUCAACGUGCUUCUCAACAACAAAUGAGACCUCCUGUUCGGGGAGGCGCAAAAGAAAUGUUUUUAGUGAUAAAAUGAACCCGUUCUUCAUUAACGAUGAAGGCAACAUGCUCAGUAGCAGUUUGAACGAUCCAGACUUCGAGGUAAACUCUGACGCUAGCAAACGUCAGCUUUUCACGAUUUGGAGCACGUUAUUUUCGACGUACACGGUCGUCACGACCUCGUAUUAUUCCGGGACCACCGUCACCGUGUCCGCUCUAUGCAACCCGGGCUUCGCUGCCUCCUGCUUCGGUUAACGAUAAAUAUGGUGACCUGUCAUAAGGGACACUCAACCAUUCAAUGGCCACGUGUCAGCUAAUCACAUUGGAUUAUCUGGAACUAGUACAUAUAUUGAAAAUUUAUUAUGGGAAAUUUCAUUCCAGUACACAAUCCUUCAAUAAUUGUUAUAUUUUUGGGCAUAUUUCUACCAAAUCGGUUUAUUCACGAUGGCAACGAAUAAAACAAAUGAUGCUAAGUUCUAAUAUUUUCUUUCAAGAAA